AUGGACCACGGUGGAAGGCUGGUGGUUCUGUGCGGCGUGGGGUGGGCGGAGGUCUUACUUGCCGUCCUCUGUUUCCUCGUGCUCCACUACAAGCCUUUCAUCACUUGGCCCCUCCUCCGCGACCUCCCCGCCCUCCUUAUCAACCUCCCCCGCAUCCAGGACUGGACUGCUGAUGUCCACGGUGCCGUCGGCGGCACCUUCACCGCCCGCGGUCCCAUCCUCACCGGAAUGCGUCUCGUUCUCACCUGCGACCCCUGCAACGUGGAGUACAUCCUCAAGACCCGCUUCUCCAACUUCCCCAAAGGCCCGGACUUUCAAGACAUUUUCCGGGAGCUCAUGGGUGACGGCAUCUUCAACACCGAUGGCGACGAGUGGCAGGCUCAGCGGCGCACCGCAAAUGCUCAUGUCCGCUCGAAAGCCUUUCGAACAUUCUUUGAGAAAAAGAGUCGUGAGCUCGCCUUCAUCAACUUGGUGCCUAUACUAGGCAGAGCAGCUGAAGAGGGGGCGGCAAUCGACUUGCAGGACCUCAUCAUGAGAUACACGGUGGACGCGACCUGUGCGGCCCUGUUCGGUGAGGCUAUCGGCUACCUUGCGCCUGAGCUCCCACUCGUGCCCUUUGCCCAGGCUGCGGAUGAGGUCAUGGAGGCGGUUGUGGUGAGGCACGUCCUGCCGCACAUGUGGUGGAAGCUGAUGCGCCUGCUGGGCCUCGGCAUGGAAUCCCGACUAGCCAAGGGCGUGCGCACCAUGGAUGAGUUUGUGGCACGUCAGGUGGUGAGUGCAAGAGGCAGAGGUAGUGGUGGUGGAGACCUGCUGUCGAUCUUUGCGACGGGCGAUGUGUCUGGGACUGAUAACAAAUACUUGAGAGACGUCGCAGUGAACUUCUUGAUAGCAGGGAGGGACACAACGGGAGCAGCCCUGGCUUGGUUCUUCUGGCUCGUGAGCAGGCACCCUGAGGUCGAGGCCAAGAUCUUAGCCGAGCUCAAGGAGAAGGGCACCAAGGACCUGAGCGAGCUCCACUACCUCCACGCCGCCUUAUCCGAGACUCUACGUCUCUACCCCUCGCUGCCAUUAGACCACAAGGGAGUUCGAGAAAAGGAUGUUUUACCGGACGGCACCACUGUGGAACCAGGGACAGUGAUCGUGUACAGUAUCUACGCCAUGGGAAGGAUGGAGUGGAUAUGGGGAGAAGACUGCCUCAGAUUUAAGCCAGAGAGGUGGGUUGGAGAAGACGGAAAGCUCAGAGCAGAGAGCGGUUUCAAAUUUCUGGCCUUCAAUGGAGGCCCGAGGACCUGCCUGGGAAAGGAGGUGGCCUUUGUGCAGAUGAAGUGCGCUGCGGCCGCGGUGCUAAGCUCGUUUCGACUGGAGGUGGUGGCAGGCCACAGGGUCUCGAUGAAGCCUUCAGUGAUACUGGUCAUGAAAGAUGGCCUCAAAAUGAGAGUCAGGGAAAGGCUGCCGGGAGUUGCAGGAAAACCUAUUUUCCGGCGAGUUUAGGCUGAUUCCGGCGGUGAAUGUAGAGAGAAAUGAUUUCCUCCUCCUGUCCACGUGAUGCAAAUGUUAUGGCUAAGGGAUGUUUGGUGAUUGUUGUUUCCUGUUUUUAGUGUUUUUCUGGAAAAGAGUCGGGUGUCUCCAGUCCCGCGUGCUAUAUUCUCAGUGGUCCAACCUAAGUUCUUGUCUUUUUUUUCUUUUUUUUUGGUUUUUUCAACUGGCUGAAAACCUUCCACUCUCUCCGUGUUUUCCAUUUUGAGAAAGUUUAUG